AACUCUUAAGGUCUCCACCGCUAGGCUCGAAUCAAACGCUUCUGUGACAAAUGAAUUGUAUAAAAGCUUGUAGCUGCGAAGCAAAACGGUAUCAGUACUCAGUUUUCCCAACUUAGUCAAACACAAACCAAAUCAAAAUGUCUCGCUUCUUCCAAAUCCUGUUCGUUGCCUGUCUGGCUGUCGCACUCUGCACCGCUGAAGCGCCACGUUAUCGCAAUCGCAGUGGCCGCUUGCAACUCUCCAAGCAACGCAGUCGUUUCCUGGCACGUCAGGAGGCCGCCGAAGAAGCUGGUGUGACCCCAUACCCCUCCGCCAAGGAAUUGAUCCCAGAGAUACCAUUCGAUGAAGCUGCCGCCGCUGCUGCACCAGAAGUACCCGUUGCGCCUGUAGAUGAUGUAAAUGUAUCCGUGAAUGUUGAUCUACCUGCUGAGCAAGAACCAGCUUUUGAACAGGAAGAGGUUGAUGAAGUAGCUGUCGCUGAUGAUGCCGAGGGCGAACACGAACCUGACCUAACCUAUGGGCCACCAGAGGCUGAGGAUGUGCCAGCAGUGAAUGAAAUCACCCCCGUUGAGGAAAUCGAAACAAUCGUCGCUGAGGAAGAGGAACAAGCUGAAGCAGCUGAGGAGGAAAUUCAAUCUGGACGCUUGGUGUUCGGUCGUCGCAUUAACGCACGCAAAUCUGCUCGUCCAGCAAAGUUGCGCGCUCCAGCUUCUGCCCGUGGUCGCGUCACCUCAGCCAAAUCGGCCCGCAUUGUCAAAGCCAAGACAACGACCAAAGCUCGUCCCGCUCGUUUGCAACAGUUUGCACAGCAACAACAAUACAUUAUUCCCCAACAAUUUGGCGCCCAACAGCCAAUGUUUUACUACACCGCUGGACAAUUGCAGCAGUGGUAAAGAUUGGUCCAUACAGAGAUUUACCCAAAAAUUGCCCUUCAAAAACCAUAUUUAGUAUAGAAAAUUGUUAACAAUUAUAAUUAAGUACGUAAAAGAAGUUUAAGGAUGUAAAUAUGUAUGGAUGCAUACGCAAAUUGUUAAAGA